AUGAAGUUGCCAUUCCUCUUCCUGAUUAUCAUGAUCGAUCGCAUCCAUUGUAAUUAUCCAGUUUGGGAAACGAUCAACCCUUCUUCAGUGCCGGCUAAGGGGGGAUUUACAAUCACUGUGAACGGCCAGGAUUUUCGCAGUGAGAGCAAGCAAUACAACUGUACAUUUAAGUUGGAUCAAUUUAGGUUAAGCGUCGUUGCAGAUAUCGAAGAGAACAAUAUUCUCACCUGUCUCGUCGACACUUGGGGUCACCAUGCGGGGUUGGCAGAACUCAUCAUCACCGAGGAGAGCAAACGGCCUGUGUUGUUCGUUGGAAACGAGAGUGGCAUGAAUGUCGACGUGUUUCAAGGAUGGGAACAAUCGAGCUUGGAUGGAAUACCAAUCUCAAGUACGGGGGGUGGGCAAAUAUUGUUUACAGGUUAUGGGUUCAUAGGCUCCUCACAAUAUUCACAAAUGUAUCAAUGUAUUUUCAGACGAAAUGGCAACGAAGUUUUGUCGACCUUUGGCAUGGCGGAUUCUUCGCAUGUCGCAUGUAACAUACCAGCUUGGGGUACAAUCUUCUCAGCAUCAAUCCAGUCACGUGAGAUUGGGCUUAGCCCAGCAAGCAAUCCACCUAUUUCUGUCACAUUGCAGUUCGAAGGAACCGAGGUUGCAUUCACAGAGGGCGAUGCAAGGACGUUGGAAAAGAUCCCGACCUUUCCCUGCCACGUUCACACAUGCUAUUUGUACUUCUUUGCCACGUGGAGCCGAGCAGCCUUGAGCAGUGACCUCGAAACUUUUAGUGACCGAAGCUCUUGGUUUAUCCGCCCGAUAUCUGCCAAUGGGAAUCAAAGCAUAGUCGUGGCUGGUUCUGGUUUUGGUGGAAGUUAUGAUUAUUUGUGUGUUAUUCGCAACAGCCAGGGUCUGAAUGUUUCUGAGACUGCGCUUUUUGUCAAUGCAAACACUUUACAGUGCCAAAUUCCGACGUGGCCCUUCAAAUCAGGAAUUGUCAACCUUAGCCUUCUCGUCUCCUAUGAUGGCUAUGAGAAUUCUGCUGUUUUUGGAACUGAGGAUGUGUCGUUUAGCUUUUAUGCCGAAUGGAAUUCGGUUUGGCCGAGACAAGCAUUUGCCUCGGGUGGAAUCUCCCUAACAAUCUCUGGUGCAGGUUUUGAUGUCUCUGCCGUGUACUCGCUACGGUUCAACAGUACUCUCAACACCAAAUGUGACGUAGUCAAUACGUUUGAAUUGGUUUGUCCUAUGGAACAAUGGCAGGGAUCGCAUGGAUCCGUUUGCGUCAGCCUGACAGAAAACGGGAACAUCGUUCAUGUAAAUAGUGAAUGUGUACAAUUUCAAAUUUUUCCAUUCUGGUUUUCAAUCAACAAGUGCAAUACAACCUUUCCUGUCAGCGAAUUGAUCGAAUUCAACAUCUCCGGAUUUGGAUUUGCCGUCGAUAAGACCUACACGUGCAACACCAACCGGGUAAGUUUCUAUUCAAGUUGGUCACACAUUUCACCAAAUUCGGCCCCGUUCAAAGGAGGGUCAGUAAUCACCGUGCACGGGUACGGGUUCUCAGAUCGCUCUUCCUACAUGUGUGACUUCCAGUUCUCUAGUGGAGGUGCACAGUUCGUUUCCAGUCAAGUGCUUACAUGUAUCAGUCCAGCGUCAAACGUCUCUACCACCGAGGUGUCAGUCAUCGAAGACGGCAACGUGGUAUCUUACAUGGGAGGUGGAAACGUUCUCGUCUUCGAGAGUCAGUGGAAUUCCAUCGGCACCCCUGUCGUCCUGGGGAAGGAGGGUGCAAACGUCACUGUAAAGGGUCAGGGUUUCGCCGAGCCCCUCUACGACUGCCUCUUCAUACCUCUGAAUGGUGGGCCAAGCAAACUUGGCGUGGGACAGUCCUUGGGGGAGAAUGAUAUUCUUUGCAGUCUGCCCAAGUGGUAUCUGCCGGCCGGCAAAGUAAGGCUGGUCGUGCAGUACAGGGAUUCUCACCUCAACAUGACUUUCAUUGGAAGUGAAGAAAAAAGCAUCUUUGAGGUCAGCGAGGGCUGGGAUGAAUUCUCAGAGACAAGUCUGCAGUUUUCUGCAAAGUCCAGCGAGCCGCUGGGCAUCAAAGGGUAUGGCUUCGACGCUAUGAAAGUUUACACAUGUCAAUUCACUAGGAGUGAGAAGGAAGUGGUCAGGACCAACGCAUCUGUCUUUAACUCCUCCACAUUGAGCUGCCCUCUUCCUGUUUGGGGCUCCAUGUUUGCAGCUGGCAAACGGUCAGGAUAUGUUGCACUGCUGAUUCUUUAUGAAGAGAUGUUAAUACCUUUCACGAACAAUACCUUUCAUGUACAAGACACGCUCCAAUGCAGCGGAAAUCUUCAUAUCAAUGGAUGCUCAAUUCUUUUUGAUACCGUCUGGGAUUAUGCUAUUUCCUCAACAACUACAAGCCAGGUUCUGCAAACUAGUCUCGUCACCGUUUUUGGUUUUGGUUUUGACGAGCUUUCAAGCUACAUCUGCGACUUUUUCUGCUUUGAAGACGCUUCUCAGAGUAAGCAAGCCUACGGCACAACAUCGAAUGCACGGGUCGAGAACCAGUCUGCAAUUGUCUGCAAUUUUUCGGAGUGGAGCUUUGAGACGCGACAGAACAUCAGCCUGUCUAUUCUCUUGUCAGAGGGUCAGGCCUCGCAGCUAGCUUUUGAAGGCCCUCGUCCUCCCUCCUUCUGGAUUCGUCGUGAGCUGCAUGGGAUUCAGAACACCGUAGGUUCAGCAGCAGGAGGUACAGAGGUGCACAUCCUAGGUGCGUUCAUGCCGAACCUUACAGCGUUCUGCAACUUCGACGGUCUUCUGAGCAGAGCAAGCUUUGUUUCAUACAGCCUUUACAAAUGCACCACUCCGACGUGGCUCAGUGCCUCUGGAGUUGUUCCGAUAGACUUCAUCGAGGUUUAUCCUCGUCCUAUCAGAAGCUCUCCAGACUUCAACAGAUAUGCUCUGCCAGAUCUUUCGUUCCUUCUUACGAACACGACGGACUCUGAAUUGAAUCGGACCUGCUCUGAAGGGGAUACAACUUGUUUCAAGAUUCAAGUCGGGUCGUUCUACUUCUUCCCCCACUUUGCAGAGCUCACUCCAAACUUCGGAGACAGGAGAGGUCUCAGUGACUUCAUCUCCGCGAAUGCCUCGGUCACUGCCCAUGCCUUCGGCCUCAUCGCCACCAGGAACUACACGUGUCAACUCACCCUUCAGGUUGACAUCGCUCCCUACGAAGCAACUAUCCCUCGCAACUCCAUCACUCAGAGCCAAGACCUGGCACAGGUCUGCACGUACCUGCAGUGGGGAGGCUUCACCGACGGGUCUCCUCCGGAUCAAGAUUACCCCAUCAACACCUUCAAGUGCUGGAUCCUAGCUCCCCAAGGUGCCCAGAGCCUCUUCCUCCAGUUUCCUCGCUUCGAGACUGAGCUUGACUGGGACUUCGUGGAGAUCUGGGAUUGCUUCGAUAUCGCGUGUAGCGACAAGACGUUGAUCAGGAGCUUGACCGGAUCCCCAGGCCCGGCCGAGGCAGCAACGGCCUCCAGCAGCGGUGUGGUGUUGGUCACUUUUCAUUCAGACGAGCUCAUAAACAAACAAGGGUUCGAGAGCCGGUUUGAGAUCUUUUCAGUCCUCUCCUCCCCUUCGAGCCCGGUGGACUCCUUCCGAGUUGUCUGUCCACUGCCCGUGUGGGACAUCGACACUCCCUGGAAGCAGUUUUUUGACAAGCAAGUCGACGUGCUCCUCCUCGAGUCUGCUGACCCAGCCGCUGCCGCGAGUUCCUCGCGCGCUGUCGCGAUCUCUGGGACCUCGUCGUUUGUCUGGACUCAGGUCAACCGCCCGCCAUCCUACAUAGGUCAUGACGUGCACGUCCUGGCGUCCCCCAGCGCACAGGGAUACUCCUUCCAGUGGGCUACGGACAUCUUGACAGGGAGGAACGCUAUGCACACACAGACGCAGAUCGAGGCAGAUCAACUCUUGACGUUCCAGGUUCAGAUAGUUUCAGCCUCCAUGGAGGACAUGUUCCUGGAGUCGCCAGCCAUCAAUCCGGAGGGUCAGCUGAGCUUCGUGGUCAGGGCAAACAAGUUUGGUACUGUUGUCUUCCAUGUGACCUUGCAAGAUGAUGGAGGUAGGGCGUUUGGAGGAGAAGAUUCCUAUACUCUCCCCUUUCGACUGGACGUUAUCCUUCCCUCUUCCCUCUCCUCCUUCUGGGAUGUGGACUUCUUGUCGAACUUGAGAAUUUUUGAGAAUUCAGGCCGACAUCACAUCAUGUUUUAUCGUCAGGUCACAACGACGUCGGACAUCCCUCCACGCAUUCCGAUCUUCAAGAACUUUUCCUACGAAAGCUCCUACUUCGAGGACAUUCCAACGAUCGAGCGGAACAUCAUUCAUUUCAAACCGAGGGCAAACGUGUUUGGCAACACCUCCAUCGUCUUCACCAUCGAAGAGGCGGCAGAGUUCGAUGCCGUCAACAACUACACCUUCUCCGGGAUGAAGCAGUUCGUAUUGCACAUCGAGAUCGUCCACGUCAAUGUUGCCCCCUCGUUCCGUUUCGAAGACGCGCUGGUCAGCAUCAACGAGACCGUCUACUUCGAUGGCGCCUUGCAGUCCCUCUCCUCCUUUGCUGUGGACAUCCUACCAGGGCCCAACAUUUCCUUCGGUCCAAAGGGUGAAAACUGGCCAGAGGAAGGGCAGCUCUUGACCUUUCAGGUCUUUCCAGAGUCGUUGGUGUUCCUAACACAGCCGCAUCUGUCUAGCAACGGGACGUUGUCGUUCUCGUUGAAGAGGAACCUCAACGGCAUUGUAAGGCUAAAUGUGCUGCUGCAGGAUGACGGUGGCACUUUGCUGGAGGGCCAGGACGUCUCCGUCAUUCACAACCUGACGAUCGACGUGCUUCCUGUCAACGACCCUCCUGACUUCACCAUCCUGUGCGAUCUUUCGUCUUACAUCGACGUCUCUUGCUCAGCAUCAUGUCCGCACGGGCGUUACCUGAAGGACCCUCAGGAAACUCUUUCGCUCGUGACGGAGCAGGGAGCUCUGAACACCUCGAUAGCCGAGGUCACGAAGCUGAUAGAUCAGCUCGAUCACGACAUGGCGGUCGGGCUUGUCUCUAGGAAUUACUUCCUGGCACAGUACAAGCAACUCAAGGGUGACUUGGACCGAUCAAACGUCCGGCUCGCCUAUGUGAAUCUGCUGCUGUCAAACGACCCGUGCAAGGUUGACAUAGUGGUGGAGGAGAGUUGCUUUCAUUGCUCACAACUUCCGAUGGGCUGCGGGCAUGGCGUCUCCUUCAGUCACCUUGCGGGCUCUAUAAAGCCAUCGAUCUUCAACUCGGCAGACGAGCUCCGUCAGACCUUGUCCUUCACCUUCACGCAAGUCGGAGCUCCCCUAGGACACUCAGUGAUGUUCUCCUUCGGGCCCUCAAUCAGUGUGGCUACGGGCGACCUCACCGCUUGCCUGCUGGAAUAUGCCAACGGCGAGAAGACUUUCUCUGUGUACCUGGAAGACGAUGGGGGUGUAGAACGUGGAGGGAUCAACGCCCAGGGGCCUGUAUUCAUUACAUUUCAUGUGCUUCCCAUCAACCAGCCCCCUUCCUUUCAAGUCUGUGACACCUGCCUGCCAUCGCAACGUCAAGCAGUCGGAAUGUGCUGUCAGGAACAAUACUCCGAGGUUGUCUUUCAAGAUUUGGCUUGUGACUCCACGUCCUACGAAUCCCCUUCUUGCUCUCUCUCUCUGCAAGUUCCAACCUUUGAGCGAUCGAGAUCUCACCUGAUCAUACGUGUUAUGAUUGAGAACAUCAACUUUGACGGUGCAGAUGAGUUUGUCCCAAGAAUCGCGUUGAACGACGAGGCUCUUAUCACCUCUUACGAUCCUGCCCGUCACCAAUGCGGCUCUUUCUCCCAGUUGGAAUUUCCUCUUGAGAAGUUUGGCACUGUCGAAUUCUCACUAAUCACCAAUCUCAAGUUUUACAGGUUCGAUCAAACUUGCAGCGGAAAGACCUUGAACGUGCGGGUUCAAGUUGUAUCGAAGCCGUUCGGACAUCAGUUUGUUGUAUGGAAAAGCACAAUCAACAAGUCUGCACUGAGAUGGUAUGACAAUUUCAACGUGAACAUUCUCAAAGGCGGCACAUUCCUGGAUGGUUCAGACUCUGAGUCGGAUCAGAACAUCACCUUCUCUACCUCCCUCGCCUCUACCCCUUCCUCCUUGUUCGCCCAGCCCCCCUUCUUCCACAGCAACGGCACCCUGGAGUUCACCGUGACGCCAGGGGUGUCGGGCGAGGCUCUGGUAGGGGUGAGGCUAGCGGACGACGGCUUCGAGGAGGACCUGCGGGCAGGCACUCAAGCCUUCGACGCGCAGCGGGGAUACGCGUACGCGGGGAGGAACACGUCAGAGGAGCACAACUUCUCGCUGGUGGUCGCGUGCACGUACACGGUGCUUGAGCUCGGGGCGAGUGUGCCGCUAGCAGAGGCGAGGCGAGUGCUGGCGACGGGUCUGGGGAUGGAGCUUGGGAGGGUGGUGGCACUGCCGCCAGAGAGUGUGUACGGGAUAGGGCUGGUGGGGCUGAGCGAGGAGGAGGCGGUGGUGUUUGUAGAGAACGCGAGCACGUACAGCGGGUGGCUGGAGGGAGCGUUUCCGUUGGCGGGGGAGUGGGUGCGGAGGGCGGAGGCAUAUGUGAAGAACUUUGACGCAGAGGCGACGUUCAGGAUCUCGAACAGCACGGUGACGAUCUACGGGGCAGAGUACCCGCGGGAGAGUCCUUUCAUGCUGGAUGAUUUCAUAAUGAAUGUUACGGCUCCGAGUGAUACGGCUCUGGAUGUGUAUGGGUUUCCUCAGGUUUAUUUCCAUGUCGUUCCUUUGAGGUAUCGGAUGCAAGGAGGGAACUGGACGAGUUUCAGUGAAGACGAUCCGAACCUGCGAGUGUCGGACAUCAAGAUAGAAAACAACUGUACGCUUUCUGCCUACGAUAAUGGAACUCUUGUCCACAAGACCUCGGCGCCCUACUCCUGUCUCAACACGACUCUGGUAGUUGGGACCUUCAAGUAUGUGGAGGCAGAGUUCAUGGUGACGAUGAAUGGAACGAAUGGAACUGUGACCAACUUCUUCAACGUGUCAGUCCUGAAAUUUGUAGAGGUUCCAGAAACCUUGACCUACUCCACCGACGAGGUCAUCUUGGACGUAGAUGUCUCUGCUACCAACUUCUCAACUUUCUACGAGCUGCCGUACCUGGAGCAGCAGCAAAUUGUCACGUUCAGUCUGUUCGAUGCUCUGCCCUCCGCGUACUCUGGCCUGAUGCAGCCGUCAAUUGACCUGCAGGGAAACCUCUUCUUCCACCUGACGGCUGGGCAGAACGGGGUGGAGAAGUUUAUCUUUGCUGCGUCCGUCGACGAUCCUGACAUCUGGGGCAUCUGCAUCUUGCGGGCGGAUGGCGGCAGAGAUUGUGUCGCCCGGAAGACCGCUAGCGUUGUCAACAUCUCCCUUGUCAUCGAUGUGAAGAGCUUCAACAACCCUCCUUACUUCCAGUGGAACACAAGCAACCCCAACAUCUGCUGCACUGACCUGAUAUCGCAGUUCGAGUCCUACGUGUGCAAGCUGCUGCAGCCUGACGGAUACCAAGAGAUUGUUUCGAUCUUCGUUCACGAGAACUGUGUCGAUUGCCCGUCUUCGUCAAGCUGCCAGUAUGGAGGCAAUCUGACAAGCAUCUUGUCCCCACACACCAUAUUAGCAUCUCAACAAGACUUUCCAAAUGAGCGAUCCCAGCAGCUUUCCUUCCAAAUCAGCUCGCAAGGUAUCUGCGGCAUUGGCAGCUUGUUUGUGGCAGAUUCUGUUCAGAUUAAUUCUCAUACUGGUGACUUGACCUUCUGUAUGGGCGAGUUCAACUAUGGCAUCGAGCAGUUUGAGGUCAAGUUGUUGGACGAUGCUGGUGGUCAAAGUCAGAACAGGAGCCUUCUCAAGCUCUACGUCCUGCCUGUCAAUCAAGCACCAAACUUCAGACUACAAAGCCUCUGUUUCCAAGAGCAAUGUGUGUCUGAAUUCAUCGCCAAUCAGCAAGCUUACGUCCAUGGCAUCAUCGUUUGGAAAAAUUAUCUGAACCAGAACUCGCACAAGCUUUACGAAGCCUUCGCAUCAAACCUAACCAAAGGAGGAGUCAGGGCUGACGGUUCAGACUCUGAGUCGGAUCAGAACAUCACCUUCUCUACCUCCCUCGCCUCUACCCCUUCCUCCUUGUUCGCCCAGCCCCCCUUCUUCCACAGCAACGGCACCCUGGAGUUCACCGUGACGCCAGGGGUGUCGGGCGAGGCUCUGGUAGGGGUGCGGCUAGCGGACGACGGCUUCGAGGAGGACCUGCGGGCAGGCACUCAAGCCUUCGACGCGCAGCGGGGAUACGCGUACGCGGGGAGGAACACGUCAGAGGAGCACAACUUCUCGCUGGUGGUCGCGUGCACGUACACGGUGCUUGAGCUCGGGGCGAGUGUGCCGCUAGCAGAGGCGAGGCGAGUGCUGGCGACGGGUCUGGGGAUGGAGCUUGGGAGGGUGGUGGCACUGCCGCCAGAGAGUGUGUACGGGAUAGGGCUGGUGGGGCUGAGCGAGGAGGAGGCGGUGGUGUUUGUAGAGAACGCGAGCACGUACAGCGGGUGGCUGGAGGGAGCGUUUCCGUCGGCGGGGGAGUGGGUGCGGAGGGCGGAGGCAUAUGUGAAGAACUUUGACGCAGAGGCGACGUUCAGGAUCUCGAACAGCACGGUGACGAUCUACGGGGCAGAGUACCCGCGGGAGAGUCCUUUCAUGCUGGAGAAUCUGAUGCAGGACAUCCUUCCUCGUAGAGACUCUCCCCUGAACACCAACGGCGAGAUCCACAUCUCGUUCCUGCUGAGCCCCAAGAGGUUUCGAAGGAGGAUGGAUGAUGAAUGGGCGAAUGUGACUGCAGAUCCGGUCUUCUCCUCAGUUCGACUGGAGGCAAACUGCUCUCAUUCGUGCGACCAGCUCAUGCCCGACUGCUCGUCUCGUCUGACCCUUGCCAAGGGCCCCACGGACUUCGGGCAGGUAGAGUAUGAGGUGAGGAUGAAUGGCAGCACUGUCGUACGAACGCUCUUGCUGGAGGCAAUGAUCGGGGUGGGAUACACGACAAUUGUUCAGCGGGAGGUCGUCGACCAGAGAGAAAUCUACUCGCAAGACUUCAUUCAGACGGCCUUCACCGCUCUCUCAGUCUAUGGCCCAGUGAGUCAGAUCUUGCUGAGCUCGGCUGAGUAUGACCUCAUCGACCGAGUAACGAGGGAGGUUGUCGUCGACAGGAGGCUGAAGUUCUACGGUCAAUUCUCCUUCAAGCUGCUCUCCAAUCACUCCUACAUGUUCCUCAAGUUCCCGCGAGUCGAGAUGCUCGACAACCUCCGCGGCAGUCUCGUCUUCGAGCUUGUCCCCUACCAGAACGGCAACGCCACCUUUGAGUUCUCGAUGAUCCUGCCCAACGGCAACUUCUCGGGGACUGUCUUCAACAUUAACGUCCUGCCGGUGAAUCAGCCUCCCAGGUUUCGCAUCGAGAGUUUGCUGCUGCUGGACGAAGCGGCCAAGAUCGCUCCUGUCUCCAUCCCUGGCUUUGCCACGGACAUUGCUCCGGGUCCAGCUGCAGCAGAGGACGAGAGGAGCCAGGAGUUGACCUUUAACCUCACUGCAGCUUCUCCUGCAGACUUCCUGACCCUUCCUCAGAUUGACGUUAUGGGGAACUUGACCUUCCAGCUCGUGCCCUCCCUCUGCGGGGAGACGUGCGUCGACGUCGUUCUGAGAGACAACGGAGGGACAGCGAAUGCCGGACAGGACCAGAGUAAUUCGAGGUUCUGCGUCAAAGUCUCAUUUAACAACACGGCACCCGAGUUCACGCUGCAACCUUCAGUCCAGAUCAAUGAAGGCGAGUACUUGGCUGCCAGGCUGAUCACUAACAUCUCGAGUGGCUCCUCCCCUUGUGGGGAUGUGAACCAGGAGGUCACCUUCAAGGUCUCCUACCUCCAAGGAACUUCCGCUUCCGAGAGUCCGCUUCCUGACAUUUUCGUCAACGGUACCGUCCUCUUCCAGUCUAUGCUCAACAAGUUCGGCACGUUCAAAUUCGGGGUUGAGCUGCAGGACGACGGGGGCAGCACGAACUAUCCCAUGACCUCUGCCUUGCAGGAGCUGGACAUCAACGUCUUGCCCUGCAACAACCCUCCAUCAUUUGACGUCGCUGUCACCUCCAACGAGACGGUCGGGAUGAGCGAAGGCAACCAUCGUAUCUUCCUUACGGUCCUCGAGCAGCAGAGGGAGGAGGCGCUGGUCUUGCGGGACCUCGUCUACCACGUUCUUGCAGGCCCAGCCAACGAGGCUUGUCAGGAGAUGCAGAUGAAGGUGGAGGGAGACACGGCGUCUGCCUUCCUGUACGCCAACGUCACGCUGAGUGUCAACACGAGCUACUUUGAUCAGUGCUCCAUGGCGAGUGACUGGCUGACUCGAGGCUUCAACGGCAGCCUCUCGUUUGCUCUGGUGCCUCACUGGAAUGGUUUCCUCAACUUCUCCCUCCUCUUGACUGACAGCGGUCCCGACGGCGGUUGCAGCAGCAACAGCUUCGAGCGGAAGGUCUCCUUGUACGUCGUUCCGGUCAACAGCGCACCCGUUAUCACCGCAACGCCCAUCAUCACCCUGCAAGAGGGGGAAAACCUGACGGUCUUGGAUCACUUUGCCAACAUCUCGAGCGGGGCCUACAACGAGGUCCAGCAGGUGCUGUCAGUAGCUCUAGUGCAGUCGUCGGGGCCCGUCGGAGUGAUCGCGCAGCUAAGAGCCUUCUGUGUGUUCGAGGGCGAGGACCUCGAGUUUCCCACGGCAUGCGCAAGCGGCGUCGUGAAGCUCAUCGUGAGGCCGGAGAGAAAUCGGUUCGGGCUGGUGAACUUCACCAUGAGGGUGAGCGACAACGGAGGGACUGAGCUGGGAGGCAUCAACGAGUCCACCACGUCCUUCCUCAUCUCGGUAGCCGCAAGGAAUGACCCGCCUGCCUUCCGACCGACCCAGGACGCGCACAUCUCCAUGGGCCCUUGGGAGAGUCUGCUAGGAUCAGACUGCCCGUCGGCCCUCGACUGUGGUACCAUCAAGCGAUGCGGGGAGCCUAUCUACUACUGCGAGAAUCAGCUGGGCGUGUUUGACGUUCAGGUCAACAUGGUGACAGCUGAACAAGUCUUCAAGGCUGCCAGCAGGGACUUGGACCUGAUUGUCUACUCGCUCCCGAGGUUUCACUUCAGCCAAGGGAGCAGGGUGUGCAUCCUAGAGGACUCAGCACCAGAGCAGAUCAAGGUUGAAACUUCAUGGACAAGCUUGUUCACCCCCACGGGCCAGCCGUACGUGAAUGGCUCCGGCUACUUGUUUGUGGAGCCGGCAGACAACCAAUUCGGUCUGCUGAACAUGCAGGUUGUCCUCCAAGUCCAGGAUGAGUUCUCCUCCGUCAAGAGGAGGAGCGAUCCCCAAUCGUUCUCUGUUCAUGUCCUUCCCAUCAACGAUCCCCCGUCCUUUCAGCUCGUCGGGGAGAUAUCUGUGUCCCCAUUCCAGUACCUUUCCACACAAUUCGUCCGGGUGGCAGACUCGUUGGUCGCGGGCCCAUGGAACGAGGUCACUGAAGCUUUGAUGUUCCAAACUUUCCCAAGGAUUGACAGCAACGGAGACCUGAUCUUGAACUUUUCAUCCACUUUCUUCGGCUCGUGUCAAGUGUUCGUUCAGUUGUUUGACGACGGGAAUUCAGAUGUAGCAAGCCCUCAACUUCUGUUCCCUGCUGACGUGCGGCAGGACAUCGCGCAAGCUACCAACGUGUGCGACGUGAAUGCCCCGACUGUCAGGACUCUAGAGAGCAAGGAAGCAAACUCUUCUUCCAUCUACUCCUUCACUAUCAAUCUCCUGCACGAGAACAUCAAACCUGCUUUCGCGAUCAACCAAAGCUCCACAUGUCCGACGUUGUUGGACCCAAGCUUGCUCAACUGCACCUGCGACUCCUUCAACUCGGAUGAAACUGGCGUGUGUGCAAUCUGGCAACAGGCGAUCCAGGACAGCCAGGGCCCCGGCGUUAUCACAGUCUUAGAGGGUUCCGGUGACAUCCGCCUUGACCGCUUCAUCCAGGACCAGACGCCUGUGGAGCACGUCAUUCCUGCCGAGGUUGUUCGGCUCGACUGGAACAGCAGCAGCCGAUCGCUGAAGGUGCUCGGAGGAGCCCCAGACAACGUGCUGAGCAUCCCUGGAUUCGAGUAUGCCGUUGACUUCGCCCGAGAUGUGGAGAACGGCUUCUUGUAUACCAUCGAGUACGAGACAGACACGCUCUCGCUCUACUCGUGGCUCAACGGCAAUGCCAGUCCCGUGCUGAUGGAGAGGAGGGCGAACAAUGAGCACAGGUUCCGCUUCUUGCAUGCCUUCGAGAACGAGGAGAAUCGAUCGGUCCAGCUCAGUCACAUCUGCGGGCUGAGCGUGCUGGAGGACAAGAAUGCCACUGCUGUACUGCCUGCCGUUGGCUGUCUGCAGGAGGAUGGUGUUGUUGAUAAUGCCGCUAUGGACUAUUCGGCAUCCAAUGAUUCUGCUCUCCUCAACAUCACGGUGGGCUGGUGGGACAUGCGAUCGAGUGCGUUCAGCUCGCCCAUGAUGGUAUGGAACAACUUCUCGAGCGGACAGGUCAGUUGCAACCUGACUUGCACCUAUUCCCGGCUGCAAAACGUCGUCGAGUGCCCGGAAAACAGCUUCUUGACGGAGAUCGAGCAAGCAGCGAUCAGCGACCAGACCAACAUGCUGGGAGCUGCGUUCCUGACCAUCCCUUACUGCGUUCGAGACACGAUCUGGGAAACGGACACCACAAGAACUUCUCGCUUCACCCUGAGAGCUGCGAUGAUACGAUACAACCUGGAGGUCGAGGCUCUCCAGUUCGACGACUGCCUCAACAGCGGUCUGUUCCUCACCGACCAACUCUCACAAAUCAGGAACCAGGACGCUCUCCCUUCCCAGCAAGUCUCUAUCGAGCUUUGGUUCUCAAUCGAGGCGACCAACAUCCGCAAGUUUGCGGGCCUUGUCUCGACGAGAGACGGCUACUUCGACCGGUCAGGGUGGAGCAUCGUCUACAGCGUCAACCACGUUAACAGCCAGAAGCUGUCGGUCACAUUCGUCUGGACGCUGAACACCAACAGGUCGAGCAGCUCGAUGGGCACGUCUGAGGUAAACUUCACUCAGACGAUCAACCGCGGGGAGUGGAAGCAUCUGGUCUGCAGCUAUGACUCCAAGUUCCUGCAGAUCUUCCUUGACGGGGAAAACGUGAUGAACGAGUCUGCCUGCAUCCUGCCCCAGUGCGGGAACAUUUUCUACUCUGACGGGCCCUUCAGCAUCGGGACCUUCGUGGACCGCAGAUAUUCAAGCAACUUCCCACAUGUAGGAGCGAUCAAGAGUCUCCGGGUCUUCAGCAGGUCGUUGAGCGCGGAACAGGUCCGGUACCUCUACCUCCGCUAUGCUGAGGUCUUGUCGGCCUCUCCUACGAUCCCGAUGCUUGAGAAAGAGCAGAACGAUCACUGGUACGCCAUCGAGACUGACGUGGACCCUUCGGACAACCUGAAGGUCUUCAAUCCUCCUCACGUCAACUUCACCGUCACUGGCAGUUUCACGUUGGGGUCGUUGUACCUCUGCGAGUUCAGCUACACGCUCACCAACGGCAGCUCGAUGGCUCAGGCGUCGAUCGCGAGAGCAGACUCGUCAGAUCGGAUCAGGUGCCUCAGCCCUCCAUGGACUCUAGGGUAUCGAAACACCAUGCUCUCCGUCUCUAUCCUCAACCAGACCAACGGGGUCACGUUCAGAUUGUGGCAAAGGUUGUCACUUUCCUGGAGCUGUCGAACUCUCUUCAACGCCACUUUUAGCGCCAGACAGUUCGGAAUGCCGACAACCAACUUCACUUUCUUCCCUCCCCUGCCUGUGUACAGCCUCAACCAUUCUAGCCGGUUUGAGUACCGAGAGUUGCUGGACGCCAUUAGCUUCAGUGCUGAGAGCCAUUUUGAGUUCUUAUAUGGCGUAAGGAAAAUCACUCGGGCCACCCUUGGGAAUCAGAGUUACCUGUUGGUCGCGAGAGAUUGGAAUGGCCUCUCCUCCACUGCUAGCUCUGCUGUGUUCUCCGUCACCUAUGAGGAGCCCAGGUUCAGACUGCAGCUUGUGCAGGAGAUUCAUAUCCAAGGGGCUCAGAUGCUGGAAUUUGCCACCUUCACUAGUCCUUCUAACGCGACUAUAGGAGUGCUGAUCGCCGUGAAUCUGCUCGGAAAGACUCUCGUGUACAAGGCAGAUAGCGAGGACUCUCUGCAUGUCAACGAGACGAACUUCUUGGAGCUCCACGGGCCCGGAGCUGCUGCUGUCGACGUCUUCACUUGGGGGGGACGAGACUACCUCGCCGUAGCUGACAAGACAAACGGUGACGCUUCUGGGGUUCACACUUUCGGCUUUCCUAUCAACGCAACUCACAGCGUGUUCGACCAACAGAGUUCGGACUUGGCCGCGCACGUGACAGCUCUCCCUGACGGCAGCUUGUCCGCCUCGGCGCUGCAGCCCCUGCCGGUGCGAGGAGGAGCAGACCUUGUGUCGCAUAUGAAGUCCGGGGGGUCCAUGAUCCUUAUCUUCGGGUCGCUGUCAAGCGACACGGUGACGGUCGUCGAUCUCGAGCAUCCGCUCGAGCAGCUGCAGACGCUCAUCGGUCUCGGCCUGAUCUCCUUCCAAGUGUUCCAGCAGGGCAACGACAAGUACCUCCUGGUCUUCGCUCGGGAGAGAAGUUAUUUGUACAGGUGGAACGGAUUCUUCUUCGAGCAUGAGCUAUCGGAGAGUACAAAACCAAAGGACGUGGCGGUAGGGCAGGAGAUCGACGGGCUCCGACCCCUGUCGACAACUCUCUACAUACAGCAUGCUUACUACAUCGUCUCCUAUGGCUACCUCAACUCCUCACUUUCCAUCGGUCUGUACAAAGGUGUCUCAGACUUUGUGGAGAAGAUGGAAGGGCCAUUUGCUGUCAAGGUGAGACCGGGCCCGGGCCGCAGCAUCGUCGUCCUCUCACGGUAUUCCAACUCCCUGGCUGUCUUUGACCACGUCCUUUCCUCUGCCAGUCUUGUCUACCUUGGCGGCCACUCCUUCGACAAUCAGAUCGUCGAUUUCGCCUUCAGCCCCGAUGGAGAUUUCCUCUACGCGAUCUCUCACAUGCCGGGAGCCCUUCAUGUGUUCGCCGUCAACGGCUCCACGAGGCUCGUCCUGCUGCAAUCUCUGCAUGCGUACGACGUGAGCAAGGGCAUGGGACCUCGUGCGUACGGGCUGGGAGGAGCCGUUAGUGUGGACGCGUCGGAGAACUUUGUCGCAGUGGGAGGGUCCGUAGACGACGCGCUAGUCCUGCUGGCUCGCUUCAGCAAUGGGACGGUCGAGGUGAUCGACUUUGCUCUCUCAGGCUUCAACGAUAUUCCAAGCUUCCAUCGCCUCAACGCUCAUCCCAAGGAGCUUCUCUCUCGUACCCCCGGCCUCUCCAGCUCCCCGGGUGCUGACUUCGCCCUCCUCUCCGACGGCAUCUACAGAUCCUCCGCCUCCUCGCUCGUCUCUGCCUCUGACCUGUGCGUCUUCUCGUCGAUGACGAGAACGCAUCUGCUCGUCGCCGUUACUGAGAUCGGACACAAGUCGCAGUUCGGGGGGGUCGCCGCCUACGUCUGGUUGUCCGACAAGAGUGAGUUCGUGUUGGACCAGUGGCUGGAACAUCCUCUCCCUUCCGAUCCAUCACGACAGGUCAGAGACUACGGAGCGACGUCGGUGACGCACUUCGAGGUGCUACAAGACAACUCGCUCAGGCACUACAUCGCUGUAGGAAGCAGCUUCUGCGAUGACGUCGACCGUCUGUGUACGUCCCUCUACGUGUAUGACGAGGCGAGCAGAAACUUCUCCUUCUUUGGCUCACUCCCGCAAGUUUCUGAGUACCCGGACACGCACGUGUCAAAGGUCGAGGCCUUCUUUCAUGCCGGCGCCGUCUAUGUCUUCGUGGCGGUCUACUGGCAGCCUCGCCCAGCACGAGUCGAUCACUUUGCCACCCAGUCGGUGCUGUACCGGUUCUCCCCCGGCUACAAGCUGACUCCCCUAGCCCGAGACUUGGAAUUUCAGAGGGUCCACACCUUCAAGACCUUCGGAGCCUCCGACUUCUCAGUCUGGCGUCUGACAGCGUCGCAAGAGCUCCUCCUCCUCGUCGCCAACUUCUUCGGCCCAGAUGGAGUUCCGGAUGGUACGGUAGAGAUUUACACGUUCGAUCCGUCAAGGGUGGAGGCUGUCCGACAUGUCCAGACCAUCCCCGCGCAAGGAGUCGUCGACCUCGAGCUCUUCCACGUCCCCGACGUCGGGGACUUGCUCGCCGUCUCGAGCAGACAGGUGAGGGAAGCGCUCGUGCGAGGUGACCUGGAAGCGUUCGAUGCGAUGUCGGUCGUCUACCAGUGGGACCCUGAGCUUGUGAGCGAGUCCUCCUUGGGGAUGUGGAAGAAGUUCCAGGCCAUCGGCGAGGAGCUCUGGACGGUCCCGCAGGCCAACAGCUCGCAAGAAGCGCAGGAUUUGUUCUGUAACGGCAGGUGCGAGGUGCAUGGAGGCGUCAGGUCCCUCCUGCGGUUGCGAGGAGUGACAGCGAUGAGAGCGUUCUCGGUGGAGGAAGAGAUCUACCUCGCCGUGUCCCAGUCCAUCUGCGAUCGGUUCCAACCCGCUCAAGACUGCCUGCUAGAAGGGCCUCAGCCCAGAUCCGGCAUCUUCCAGUUCAACAAGCAGACAGGCCGGUUCGAGGAGAUCAGCUCUUCUCCUACCUCCGGGUUCCUGCAGAGCGACUACGGGAGCGUGGGGACCCGAACGAGUCGCGAGCAAGCGGAGGGAAAGAGCAUCGAUCGCAACGCGACUGAGCAAGCCCUUCGGAUGAACCUGGGGCGGGCGAGGAAGAUGGAGUACGAGGUGAUAGGAGGGAGAGGAUACCUCGUCACCUGCAGCGCUUCGAAUGGGGUGGAGCUCUACGAAUGGCGUUUCAGCUCUCACAGGAUUGCCAACGCAAACUCAGUUCUCUUGUCGGAGAGCUCGGCAGCUUCAGCGCUUGUGUUUGUUUCGUCCCUCUAUGAGGCGGCAGUCAAGACGUACGAGCUUGUCUCCAACUACCACGACGAUGUCGGGCUGGUUCCCUCCGCCUUCGGGUCGAGGCGACUCGUCGAGCUGGCCUCCAGCAGUUUCAUGGCCAACGAUGUGAACAUCCUCACGAGACCAGUUACAUGGUGCAGGAUGAAAUCUGUCGUUGACGGCGACAGGCUCCUGGUAGAGCUCCGCCACUUCAUGCCCAACAGAGAGUACCCCUGCGCUGCCUUCGAUCCCCUCCCUCCACCGCUGGGGCCGACAGAUGCCGUGCAAAGGAAUGCAGCAGCCUGCCAGCGUCUCUCGUUCAAGGUCGAGGUGGUGGGCGCGGGUCAGUCCCUCUUCGCUUCCUCCCCGCUGGUCAACGAGACCGACGGCAGCCUCCGCCUUGCCCUGGCGCCUUUCCAGCACGGAGUCGCGUCCUUCCAGGUCAACAUCCAAGACUCGGGGCUGACCAACUCCGUCGGAGCCCUGCGGCUCAUCACCAUCAACGUCGUUCCCAUCCCCCGCCCGACCUUCCUCGUGCCCGACCCCAACGUUCAAGUCUCCGCCGCCCCCGGCCUCCUCCUCGUCCCCUUCGCCUCUCAACUCCGAUUCCUCAACGGCAGCGGCCAGGGAGCCUACUGGGCGUUCACGAGCGACGCGGAUCAGACCUUCGUAUCCUCGGUGCGGCUGGAGGUGAAUGGGAGCGAAGGAGUAGCCCACCUGAACUUCACGAGCCUCUCCAUCUGGAAGGGAGUCGUCACGGUUCAGCUCAGUGGUCUCCGACUCGUCUCCAACCUCUCCCUCGGAGCCUUCCAGUCUCCGGCCACCUCCUUCUUCAUCAACCUCAUCAGCUCGAACGAGCAUUUCUGUAGCUCGCUGCCAGCUCUCGAGCUGCAGGAGGGGCAGGGGCUGGCAGAGGAAGCCUUCUGCCUCAGCCCUGGGGAUCGCGACCUCCAGUUCCAGCUGACGUCCUGCUCGCCCCCGCCUCACUCAGCCUACAACAUCUGCUCCCUGAUCUCCGUCACCCCCAGCGGCGUCGUGCAGGUGGGACCAACGGCCGACCUCGUUCCCCUGACCCUGACGCUCUACAAGGUCAACGCCUCUUCCUUCCUCAACGGAGCAGCUAGUGUGAGGGUAGAGGUCCUCAACUCCUCCAUCGCAGGCUCUCAGCGGAUCCCCCGCUCUCGUGACGUCAUCAUCCACCCCGUCAGCACCGCCCCGAAGGUUGACGUCAGACAGAGAGUCUUGAACCUGAUCGCCGAGACUGAGAUGACCGUAUAUUCCAUGACCGGAGUGUUCGAAGUCCAAGUGCCGCCCGACGAGCGCGAUAAGGUCUUCGUCUUCCACGUCGUGUCGUCGUCCUUCGCUCCCGCGCAGAUUCACAUGACGGCUGACGGCAACGUCUCUUUCCUCGCCACCUUCGCCGGGUGCGGCAGGGAGACCAUCACGUUCGUAGUCAGGGAGGCAAACUCGACGGUGAACGAGACCUCUUCACCUCCCGUCACCCUCACCUUCAACAUUCACGCGUCCCUCUCCCUCAUCCGGUUCGCCGUGAAGCCGCAAGUCGCUGUGAUCGCGGAGGCGGCGGUGAACGUGAGCCUGGUGGAAAAGCUCUACGACUCGACCUACUGCGGGGACCUCAACUGGAAGUUCGCCGUGCAGUUCUCAACAGCCAACUACGGCCUACUCGAUGGCGACCCGACGGUCGAUGAAUGGGGGAACCUGCUUCUCAAGGUCCUGCCCGGCCAGUUCGGCUUGCUGGCAGUCAACGUCAGCGCCAUGAUCUCCUUCCCGGACUUCUCACCUCAGAACUUCUACCAGCUGGGGGUGACAGGGAGCUCAAGCGUUUAUCUCCUCCCUCCUCCCCGCGUGUCCUCCAUCUCCCCCGCGUUCGGGCCGAGGAGCGGGGGGACGUGGAUCACCAUCAGCGGGCAGAGCUUCAGGGUGCCGAGCUACGAGGAGAAGCUGAGCGUGCUGGUCGGGGGCGCCGACUGCCCCGUCCUCUCCUGGUCCGUCAACCGCAUCGUGUGCAUCACCCCCCCAGGAGCAGACGAGCAGCAAGUGGACCUGCUGCUCGUCAGCCAGCUGGGGGAGUUCACAAGGAGGACGGAAGGAGGAGCGAGCUUCUUCUUCCUCGACGUCUUCAUGGCCUACAGCCUGCCGCAGUCCGACCAGAGCUCCCUCCUCGCCUUCUCUCAGGGUCGUCGCCUCCUCGCCUUCGGCAACUUCUCGUUGCCGGGCAGGAUCAACGCGGUCCAGCUGUUCGGGCAGCAGCUGUUUGUGGGAGGAACGUUCAGAAACGUCGCGGCACGAGACGGGACGGCCAACCAUCUCGUCAUGUGGGACGGCAACGCGCUGAGUCACUUGGGCUUGGGACUUGACGGAGCGAUCUCAACCAUGAGCGUUGUGAACUCCUUCCUGGUUGUCGGCGGCACUUUCUCGACAGUCUACACGGUUGAAGGUCGAGCAUGGAGAUGCGGAGGACUCGCCCAAUGGGACGGAGCCACCUGGUCUUGCGUGGGAGGCGCGACGGUUGAUGGCCAUGUGGCAGUGGCGUACACGAGCGAGAACGUCCUCUAUGUCGGUGGUCCUUUCGGAGCGCUCGGAGCAGGGAGCUCAUGCGGAGGCCUCGCCAUGUUCAACGGCAGCUGGGCGUGUCCUUGGGGACGAGUGAGGAUGGGAGAAGUGAACGUGAUUGCGCGAUGGCGGGACAGUCUGGUGGUGGGAGGAUCGUUCAGAGGCAUCGGAGGGUCCGACGUGUCCAGGAUCGCAAGAUGGCUGGGAGGGAAGUGGCUGCCCAUGGGUGACAUACAAGGCAACGUGUAUGCGCUGGCAGCCGGCAAGUCUUUCUUGUACGUGGGAGGAAAGUUCUCGACUACAGAUGGAAGGGUGGAGAACUUCGGCAUCUUCACCUCAGGGCUGCUCAAACCUGCGCCGGUGGUGGGGAUGCUGGGAGCAGCUGUCUUCACGUUCACCUACUCCUCCUCCUGCCUCCUCCUCGGCGGAGCCUUCGAGCAGCAUGCUGCUGCCUUGUGCGAACAAGGCGACAACUUCGAGUGGAACUACACGCUAGGGGUGGGGGGACCAGCGUCAGCCUCCUGCUCCUUGUGA